UUACUUAGGCCCGUCAGUACAUAAGUGUUACAGAUCGCAGUCAACAUUUCAGCCUUUGAUGCAGUGUGUUGCUUCAGGAAUGUUCGGGACUCUUUUCUAGAAUUGGAGAAACUGGGAGAAGUUUCGGUUUAGACUUUGCCAUCACGUGAUCCAUGUGAAGUUGUCGCGUCGUCGAUGUCAAAUUGCACAUAUCUACCUCAAACGAUCAGGAUGGCAUCCAUUGCUGCUACACCAUACUUCUCCCAUCCUUGGUUCAACAAGCCGUCUAUGAAAAGACGACGCUCUACUUCUCCGGGAGAGGACGAUGCACUGGAUAAAACGCUAUCUCCAAUCAGCGCCAAACGACGGAGAGUAACUAUGUUGGAAAAAGGAUUUUCCAAUCUUUCCUUACACCAUCCACCCCCUGUCGCUUCCACCUCCUCCGCGAAUCCGGACUCAGUCACCACAUUUUUCGAUAUGAAUCACUCCGGGGCUCCUCCGUCCUCCAGCCCACUACCUCUUCCAGAUACACUCACUGCAAUGGAGGUAGAAUACUCUUCAAUCUCACCCUCUAUACAACCUGAUUCUGUUGAAGAGCCUACUUCACCCUCGUUGGCAGUACCGGAGAUCCGGAUGAAAGGUUCUUCUUGGUAUGAACCUGAACCAGAUCGUAUCGUUGUUACGGACCUGGACUCGUCGGAUGAUGAAUAUGAAAAUGACUCGGAUCCUGUUCGUCCGUUAGUGUCGCCAACUUUACUCGAACGGAUUCGUCAACGAGAGCUGUCGAAUGUUCUUCCAUUACCAUCUUCACUAGACCAGCAUGCGCUCGUUUUAUAUCGUCCACUGACUAGGCCUUCAAACAAUCUUGAGCCUGAGGACACUGAACUAGUAUCUAAUCAGGAUGCAGUCCCUAACGCAGUUUCAUUGUCUUCAACAGCACAAGAUGUAGAAAUGAUGGAUGUCGAAUGACGUAAAGUACGAUGUUUGUGCUGGAAAUUAGACUAAAAUAUGUAACCUGUUGCACACAUUUGCUAUACACUUUCAAAGAUUUUA